CCAGAGACAAUCCAAAACUUCAUCCAUCAUAAUAAUCAAAUUUUAGUACUAAAUCAUUCAGUUUUCCAAAGACACGGGUUUGUGUCUGUAUACUAAAGACUGUUCUUUUGUUUUCUCUUUAUUCUUCUUCUUCUUCCCCAGGUGCUUUAAUCACUAAAGAUGGUGGUGGUGGUUAUUAUAAGCUUUUAGCUUUCACUUUGAAUUUGUUGACAUCUCAUAAUUCUGCCUGACAAGUCUUCUUCUUACACUGGUUCUUCUUCUUCAAUUCUUUGCUCAUACUCCAUCUCUUUAUACAGAUUCUCCCCCCUUUUACUGAACCACCAGGAACAAUGUCUAACAAUUCCAAUUCAGCUUCUGAUGCUUUUGAAUUUGAACUAUUUGAGGGAGACCCAGAGAAUUUAAAGACUGUAGUAGCAACAGCACCAAAUCGGAUUAGCAGUCCAUGGAUUGAUUCUUCUGCAUUGAAACUUAAGCAUAGGAUUGGGCGUGGUCCAUUUGGUGAUGUUUGGUUAGCGACUCAUCAUCGUUUAACUGAAGAUUAUGAUGAGCAUCAUGAAGUUGCUGUCAAAAUGCUUCAUCCUGUCAAGGAAGAUCACAUGCAGACUGUAGUGAAUAGGUUUCAGAAUCUAUUCUCUACUUACCAAGGGAUACAAAGUGUUUGUAUGCUUCAUGGUAUCUCAAUCACUAAUGGGAAGAUUUGCAUUGUCAUGAAGUUUUAUGAGGGAUCUGUUGGAGACAGAAUGGCACGUCUUAAAGGGGGCAAACUUCCAUUACCCGAUGUUUUGAGGUAUGGGAUUGAAUUGGCUCAAGGGAUUCGAGAACUUCACUUGAAAGGAAUCCUUGUUCUUAAUCUCAAGCCGUGUAACUUCCUUUUAAAUGAAAAUGACCAAGUAUUUCUUGGAGAUAUGGGGAUCCCAUCACUGCUGCUUGGUGUUCCUCUUCCCACUCCAGAUAUAGCUUUAAGGCUUGGAACUCCAAAUUACAUGGCUCCUGAACAAUGGGAGCCAGAUGUUAGAGGUCCAAUAUCUUUUGAGACGGAUUCAUGGGGGUUUGGAUGCAGCAUUGUGGAGAUGGUGAGUGGAGUUCAACCUUGGUGUGGGAGAUCGGUGGAGGAAAUCUUUCGGUCAGUCGUCAUAAAGCAAGAAAAACCACAUCUUCCUAUUGGUUUACCUCCUGCACUGGAAAAUGUUCUCCGUGGUUGCUUUGAGUAUGACUUCAGGAAACGCCCCUUGAUGGUCAAUUUGCUAGAAGCUUUCAAAAGCUCUCUGAAUGCUGUUUACGACGAUGUGAGUUGGAUUGGUCUUGGAAACAGGGCACUAGUAGAUAAAGCAACUGGGAUUGGUUAUACUGAGUGGCUACUCUCGAAGGAUCAGCUCCAAAUGCGUGACACUGUACGUUCUCGUAAGCCACCAAAUUCAUGCAAAGUUGAAAACAUGAAUGUCCCGGAAGGAACUGUAGUUGGUUUAGAAACCGAUGGAUUUCUUCUUGUGAGAGUCCAUGGAAUUCACGAUCCUUUACGGAUUCAUUCAUCAACCCUAGAGAGGGUAACACUUGGGUUGGCAGCUGGAGACUGGGUUCGUCUAAAGAAAGAAAACAAUAAAAAACAUUCACCUAUUGGGAUUCUUCAUUCCAUCGAAAGAGAUGGAACAGUGGCUGUUGGAUUUAUAGGAGUGGAAACCCUUUGGAAGGGUCAUUCGUCAGAGCUCCAAAUGGCAGAAUCUUUUUGUGUUGGUCAGUUUGUAAAGCUGAAGGAGAAUGUAUUGAGCCCUCGGUUUGAGUGGCCUGAGAAACGGGGAAAUGAAUGUUUCACUGGAAGGAUAUCCCAGAUUCUACCAAAUGGGUGUCUUGUUGUUAAGUUCCCUGGAAGAUUUGUUUUUAAGGAAGCAUUUAAAACCCACCUUGCUGAUCCAGCUGAAGUUGAAUUAGUGUCGUUCAAAACAUGUACUGGGGUUGUAAAGAAGUACCAGCAUCUUGAGGCCUUCCACUGGGCAGUGAGGCCCCUUAUUUUCUCCCUGGGUCUUUUUACUGCAAUGAGAUUGGGAAUGUUUGUUGGAAGGAAAGUUGGAAGAUCAAAGAGGAAGAUGGACCAGAGGAAGACGGAUCAGAGGAAGAAGGACCAGACUAUACCAGUGGAGGUUGGUGAUGGGAAAAAUCAGGAUGCCCAGACAGGUGGGAAAGGUUGGAAGGUCACUAAUAUUCUCUUUCGAGAAUGAUUCCGUCCAAGUAACUUAAGAAUCUUAGCUUGCCGAGCCUACUUGGAGAAAUCUGAAAUGUAGUUCGUUUUAGCUGCCAUAUAUUGUCCAAAUUACGCUAGAAAUACUGAAGUAGAAUUACUUUAAAAAAUGAGCAGCCGUAUGAUCAAGUACAUAUUACUGCAUAGGUUGCUCAUAAGAUCUAAUUUUACAGUGUAUAUAUGGUGAUACAGUUUCCCCCUUUCCAGUUAAAUUUCGGUUUCUGUAAA